CCGGUUGGGCUGUUGGGCGCUUUGUGUGUUGAGUUUGUGUCAGAGCCGCGGGGAUGGUGUAUAUCGCUAAUGGACAAGUGCUGGAUGGCCAGAGCCGGUCGCCAUGGAGACUCUCCUUCCUAACAGACAUGUUCUGGGGAAUUACAGACUUCGUUGUCCUGUUUUUCCAGAGUAUCAUUCAUCCCAAUGUCACGAGGAGAGGAUGCCAGAACUCCUCAUCCAGCACCCGAUAUGAUGAUGGAAGAGGACCCCCAGGGCACCCACGGCGUAGGAUGGGCCGAAUUGACCACGGUUCAGGGCCUAGUGCUCCUCCAAUGGCAGGCGGGGGAUGAGGAAGGUAAACGCCUGCUCCAGCAAGCAGGCAACUAGAGACUGAUGUUCAUUAGCCGGCGAAGACCAGUAGGGUUGUGGCUCAGGCUAUGAACGUUAAUCUCUUCCAGUGAAAUGCUCUGCACAAUGCGGAUACAUGAUGUUGUGCUGGGAGCUCCUGACCGGGAUCCAGUACCGACUGAUCAGCAUUUAUUUAUAACUGUAAAUUCCUUUUCCUGUUACGUUUUCCUCUGUCUUGUCACCCGACUGUUGGUUUGUAUGAAUAAUUGUAGAAAGUGGAUAGGGACAGAGUCAAUAUCAAAGUGUAAAUCUAUAAAAAAAAAUAUGCCCAGUCUAUAGCAGGAGGUUAUUUUUUUUUUAUAAAUUUGAGAUAUAAAAUGGUUUAUUCUGUUAUUGAAUCAAUCCCUUAAAGGAGAACUAAACCCGAAACAUUAAUGUGUCUAAAAAUGCCUUAUUCUGUAUAAUGAACUU